UCUCCUCAUGGGUGGAGUAACUCGUCAUGGUCACAGAGAGGAGCGUGAGGCAGAAGCCACUUGCAGAGUGUGAGGAGCUAAAGACGGAGAGAGCAACUUACAGUACACACAGUCACACACACACAGCAGGCUGUGAGCUGGGAGCAGGGAUGGUAGCGGAGGAGAUUGUGGUCUCCCUCUCAGGAGGUUCCCCAUGGGGCUUCAGACUGCAGGGAGGAGCAGAACAGCAAAAACCUCUACAGGUGGCCAAGGUGCGCAGGCGCAGCAAAGCGUGCAGAGCAGGACUGAAGGAGCAUGACGAGCUGGUUGCCAUUGGCGACCACAUGUGUGCAGAGCUCAGUCAUGCUCAGGCCAUGAACCUCAUAGACACAGAGAGCGCUACACUCCACCUGAGGGUUAAAAGGGCCCCUCCCGGGUUCCACUCCUCAUCUUACUCCGCAUCGCCCCGCUCCUCCACGAGGGUCCAGUCUCCCCCCACGGGCCCCUUGCCCUCCCACUGUUCCUCCAUCCUCUCCCCCACCGGGGCACCCAGGGGCAUCACUUCCCCCCCAGACAGCGAGGCCUACUAUGGAGAGACAGACAGUGAUGCAGACACGCAGUCAGUCACGCACCGUCGCCAACGCCGCACACCUCCUCACGCACGCUCACCUGCACGCUAUGACAACCAAGAAGAGGAGGAGACCUCUGAGAUGAGCGGCUAUGAGAGCGCCACAGAUUUAGGGGUUUCCAUACCGGGGCAGUGGGAUGGUCAGAGUCUUGUUGGCGUCCCUCGCAGAGAGCUCAUCUACCAGCCACCCCAGACCGAGUGGACCACCCCAACACACACCCCACACACUCUGACCCCUCACACACUCACCCCGACGCCUGAUCAGGGGUUGAUGGAAGCGGAGGGAGAAGGAGACAGCGGCUUCCAGGAGGCGGGGGGCUGCAUCGGGCUGGCCUGUCCACCGCUAGUGUCUCCUGAGCGAGCAAAAGAGGCUCUGAUGUUGGGGUCUGGAAAACAUCUGGUGCCAAUGGUGGGACCACAGCAGACCCCCGUCAGUGACGAGCUCUCCACCACCUACAAAGACAAAGCACGGCAAGCCAAGUUGCAGCGUGGGGAGAGCGUGGUGGAGAAACAGGUGAAGGAAGCUCGCACUAAAUGCCGCUCUAUCGCCUCAUUGCUGACUGAUGCUCCCAACCCCAACUCGAAGGGGGUGCUUAUGUUCAAGAAACGCCGGCAGAGGGCCAAGAAGUACACCUUGACCUGCUUCGGCAAAGCUGAGGGAGACAGAGGAGGGGAAACAGAAGGAGACACAGGAGGGGAGACAGAGGAGGAAGGAGGGAGCUCCAUUUUGAGCGGAUCAGAAGUUGACGAAGAGGGAUUUUCAGCAUCGUUUGACCCCACUUGGGAUACUGGUUAUCUAGACCUGCUGGACAGGAGAAGCUCCGCCUGCCCGUCAACCACACCAACAACACCAACAACGCCGACAACUAAUCACAACUUGGGGUUGGACAUCUCAGCCUUUCAGUCACCAGGACUUUUUGCCAAUCAAAUCCCCGGAUUGGAGGUCUCAAGGCCAGAGAACUCGGCCUAUCAGGGCUCAAGGCUGGAGAGCAGCGUCACAAAGCAGCCAAUCAGUAAUCAGCCUGCACACAUGUGUCCUCCAGCUGUGGCUCUGACCAACGGGGGUUCAGUAGCUGUGAGUCGGGCUAGUGUUGUUCUGAGCCCGCCGUCUCAGACACCGCUUUCAAGUCAAAAUGGGCAACAAGGCAUCGCUAACCCUAACCCUACCCCUAACCCUGACCCUAGUCCAGGCCAAAUCGCAGACUCAGAUCAUCACCUGAAUCCAGGCGUUCUGAACCGCACUGCUCGCCCCUUCACGCCAGGCCCUGCCCCUCCUCGUGCAACCGUAACCUCUGUAAUGUUUCGCCCUCCCCAACCCAGACCUGUGGCAGCUGUCUCCAUGGUGACUAUCCAACCUACUCGCCAUCCAUCAGGGCCAGAUGCAAGGAAAGCGGUGUCUAGCACCUCUCUGUACAUCCCUCCAAGGAAUAACUACAGCAACACUCCAUCUGUAAACUCGCCUCCCUCCUCUCUCUCUUCUGCGCCUCUUUCCCAGACUGCCACAAAUGUGCAAACAUUUUCCCCUCAACCCGCAGUGUAUGCUUCCCCUUCUGCCGUAUUUUCCCCUCCAGCUCCGCAGCAAUUUCCCUCUCCUCCCUCUCUAGCUUAUCCACCUCCAUCCACCUGUAUUCCUGCUUCUCCCAUCUCACCACCACAUCCCCCUGAUCUGACUAAAGCUUCCAUCCAUGCUCAGCCCGCUCCUCCUCCUCCUCCUCCCACCCAACCUCCUCCAUCCCCACCUGUCCAACCCUAUAUCAACAUGACAGGUGCCGUGACCCCUGGCUCCAAUGCUUCCAUGGCAACACCUCUGCAAGCUCCUGAUUCUCUGGCAACACGUGAGGAGCGUAUCUCUGUCCCUGCUGCUCGCACCGGCAUCCUGCACGACGCCCGUCGUCGUAGCAACAAGAAGCCGAUGUUCUGUUCAGUUCAGAAUAAAGAUGUUUCUCCAAACCCGGACCUGCUGUCAAUGGUCCAGAACAUGGACGACCACUUUGGGAGAGCUACAGGUGCCGAACCCGGAGCUGCGCCCAAUGCGGAGACUGGGCAUGAGUCAGGGCCUGAGGAGGACUGGCUGAGGUUAGGGGCGGAGGCGUGCAACUUUAUGCAAGCUCAGCGGAGACCCAGGCCACCUCCUGUCGCUCCCAAACCCCAAACCCCUCAGGUACCACAGCUGGCGGGGAAAGGAGGUGAGCUGUUUGCUCGCAGGCAGAAUCGAAUGGAUCGGUACGUUGUGGAGAGAUCUCCCUCUGUCGCCGCAGCACCUUACUCUCCAGCCCAGACGAGAGAGCCCUCGCCCACGCCUUCUCUUCCUGCCACCUGGAAGUACUCGUCAAACAUCCGUGCUCCUCCGCCCAUCAGCUACAACCCCCUUCUGUCUCCCUCCUGCCCUCUGAAGGCUCAGAAGAAGCCUGAGGUGUCAAAGACAAAGUCUGGGCCUAAAGGUCAGAAAGCCGGCCUCAAGUCUGUAGACGUCAUGAGCCACCAGCCAUACCAACUCAACUCAUCUCUGUUCAGCUACGGGGGCGGGGUUCCCCAGCACACUUCAACCUAUCAGCAGCAGGGAGGAAUGACAAGUGGUCCCCAGAAGACAGCACGAGUGUAUGAGGUGAAGCGCUUCUCCACGCCGCCGCCGACAUCCACAGGGCCCGCACUCAAAGUGAUUGUGCCACGAUCUGCUACGACACUCGGAGAACCACUGUGGCGCUCUGAUGUCACAUCUCCUCCACCUACAGGUGCCCCCGCCCCCUACCAGCCAUAUCAGCCUCAACCAUACCAACCUCAGUGGGCCACCUCCCCUCUGACUUCCCCACCUCCCCCUGCUCCUACUGCUCCACUCCCUCAGCUCCCCACCUUCUCUGCUGCUCCAAAUCAAGUCCAGUCUCCCACUUACUCCCACCCUCCACCCUCCAACACCAACAGGCAGUUUAAGAGCGCCCCAGAUCUAAGUCCCAUCGGCCACACUGGUGCCCCUCAGCCGGCAUCCAGCACCACUCAACUGAGCAGGGUCCCAAGGCCAAGGUUCAGCACCUCCAACCUGGGUCUGCAGCCUUGUGUCUGGCGUCCUGGAUCCACGACGCACUGAGCACACUCCUGCCUGGACAUAAUAAACCAGUGCUCUACGGGGACAUAGAGCAACAUUUUUUAAAUGUGUUUUUAGUAUCGUCAUAUUGUUUUUCAGAUUCACAGCUUGAGGUUUUACCAGCCACGUUUUAUCACGAGUUUGUGGCACAUUUUCUCACUUACAUUUUAUUUUGUUGACUCAUUCAUUUUUUAGUUGGAGUUGGAGGGAACACUGUUUAGCAAAGUAAAUCUAUUGUGGAAACAUGAGAAAAGUUUCUUUUUUAAAAAAUGGGGAUCAACGGCAGAUUGAAAAGACAGAAAGAGAUGCUUGGGGAAACAAAGUUGUGUAAAUAUUGAAUUGAAUGAUGAAUUAAGUUUAAAAACAAAAAAAGAGAAUAGAGGAUGUGGAAAGACAAGAGUGUUAAAGAGUGAGAAAGAUGAAGUUGAGGAUGAGAAAAAGAUGAAAAUGGAAGCACAGGAGGCUCUGAUACAGUGACAUAACACAAUCAUUGGGCUUUAUUAACGACUAUGUGGGUAGAAACGUCCUUACUUUGUGCACAAAAUGAGUAUGUCCACAAAAUAACUGUUGGAUUCUUGACAUGAUCUUACUACCGUGCAUAUGUUAGUAAAUCAGAAUAAUUCUAUAUCAACAGGCGCAUGCUUGUUAUUUGCAGUCGGCAUACUACCACUAUGUGCCAAACAGCAUCGGAGAAACACUGAUUUGAAUUGCAAAACUGUUUUUUUCAGUGUUUUUACCAUUUUUAACUAUACAGUCUAUUUGUUUUGUAGAGGAAGAGACCUCGGCUCAUGGUAAAAGACCUCCUGAGCAAAGAACACUAAAGGAACUCUGAAAAGUUGAAGUUUCAGCUGGUUGCAAUCUACAAACCUCACCACUAGAUGUCCCUAAAUGCCCCUCAAUUUUACACACUGUUUAUUGAAUACACUCAGCACAAUAGUUUUAAAUGGUGUUUAUAAAGCCAUUUCAAAUGAAUAUUGUUUUAAUAUGCUAUGCAUUUAAUAAAAAGCUGUGUUGAUAUUUUUCAAGACAGCCAGGCCACCAUCAUUUGUGUAUAGGCUUGGUCUGAAAUUUGUCCACAUUAUUCAAACAAAUUCAGGCGAGAAAAUAUUGAUGAAUUCUGGAUUUAAGUGUAAAGAGUUCGUACACACAGUGUAAGCACAGAUUUGUGUGUAUGCAUCAUUUUUGAAUGAGGUCAAGUGUCUGUGUAGAAGUGUAGAAGGUGCAGAUUUGCCUUCACAAUCUGUAAACAUCCUACAGUACCUGUUGCCAUCAAGCAUGAUCAUAUCAGAAAAGUUGCUUUACUAAAAUAUUUGAAGUUGCUAUUAGCACUGUAAUUCCUCCUCUGUGAUAUAUAUAUAUUCUAAGGAUUUCUGUUUGAUGAUUUAGUCUUUUUUUAGUUGCACUCUGCAGCAGUGUGUGCUUUGUUUUCUGUAGUUUAGGGCAAAGAGCACAGCUGCCGUGAAGAAGGGAAGUCUUUUAACAGUAGCCUUGAUUUCCGAUCUGUUGAUACGAAACAAGAGAUGUAUAACAUGUCUGUUUAGCUGUUUUCCACGGAGACAUGCGGCUGAAUAAAAAUAGACAUGAGUCACCUCA